AUGGCUCUCAUUCACAACCGCUAUCGCCCCGUACGAAAGCUCGCUCACACGACGUAUGGUGGUAUCUAUCUCUGCAAUGACGAAAUGAUACAAUCGCAUCCUGUGGUGCUUAAAUGCGUGUCGCUAUUGCGUGCCAUUCACAUGCUGGACCAGUACAAACCGAACCUUCAAUUGCCCGACGACCCCCGACAAGAAAAGGCUUUUGCCAAUUUCCAACGUGUUUCGCAUCCACACCUUGUCAAGUACCUGGAUGACUUUGUCGAAGGUCACACGCUGUAUUUUGUGCUGGAAUAUUGCGCUGGUGGGGACCUGUACGCCAGUGUGAACCGAGGCCAAAACCGACGACUCAACGGUGUUGACGCACUUGCUGUCAUCAAACAAGUGGCGGAGGGCGUUGCUUACUUGCAUAGCCACAAUUUUGCCCAUCGAGAUUUGAGUCUCGAGAACAUCAUGCUCAACCAAGGUGUGUUCAAGAUUGGAGACUUUGGGCUUUCGACACGGACCGAUCAGCUGUGCUUUGAGAGCGUGGGCAAAGCUUAUUAUAUGGCGCCCGAGGUAGUAGCCCCGAAAGUCAUGUACGACCCCAAGGCGGCCGAUAUGUGGUCGUUGGGCAUUAUCCUCUUCAUCCUCGUCACGGGGUCACCGUUGGUGCCACUGGCGACGGAAGAGGAUUCUGCAUUCCGAGUGUUUAAAAAGGUCGGCGUGCGAGAGGUGCUAGUAGCGUGGAGGAUGGUAGACGUGCUUGAUGAGAGAGCCCUGAAGCUACUAGAUGGUCUACUACAGUGCGACCCGAAGAAGCGAAUGACUGUCGAGCAGGUGCUGAGUCACGACGCUUUCAACCGGAAAGCAAAGGCAUGA